GUCGUCGCCUGUGACUCCGGCACCCAAGACAUUGCGGGCGGAGAUGAACCUCUUGGGAUCAUUCCAGCACUACUUUAUGCUGGAGCAACAUCCGUCAUUGGGACGCUCUGACCUGUCGAGAGCGCCGCCGCGCGGCGGUUUAGCGAACUGUUUUAUUCAAAUUUGCGGACGCAGAGCGACGCCAAACCGCGGCCGGAAGUGAUGGCGUUGCGCCUGGCGCAGGCUCUUCGAAGCACCAUCUGUGAAAUGAUGCGCAAGGAGAAUGCACAAACCAAGGGGCCCGUACACUGGGCCCCAUAUGUGCUGCAUGGAAGUUGG